AGAAGGCAAACGAGAGCAGGCAGGGCCUGCUACAGCGAGGAAUCGGCCCGCACCACCUGUGCCUGGCAGGGACUCCACGGCAGCAUGCAGGGCGCUGAUGGACGAGGUGGAGUAUGACGUCACCAAGGCUCGGCAGAAGAAGGCCAAGGUGGGCUCCUUCCGCAUCAAUCCUGACGGGACGCAGGAGCGGAGAAAGAUUCCCCUAGUCCAGUCCGAGGCGUUCUUAGUGGACCUCUUGGACAACGUGUGUGAGCGAAUGAACGACUACCAGCUUAAAGAAGACCCGGUGACGAAGGAGAAAACGUUCACGAGAUACGCUCCACGGAAGGGGGACAAAGUGUACAAAGAGUUUAAAAAGUUCUACUUUUAUUCCGAUGCCUACAGACCUUUGAAAUUCGCGUGUGAGACUAUAAUAGAAGAGUAUGAAGAUGAAAUAUUCGCACUUAUCGCCCAGGAGGCACGCUCUCUAGCUGACAGGCUGUGCAGCGAAAAAUCAGGUCUGUGUGGAACUCCUGCUAACCAUACUGAACCCUAGGAAGGAGGUGCCACUAGUUAUAAAGAGGAGUAAAGCCACAUCCCCAAAGGUCAAAGCCUGCCUUUUCUGUUUCUGUGUUGUCUGUCAUGAUGGGAAAAGUUGUCUCUUAUUUGUACCAUGUUUAUCUCAUAGAUGACGAUUUUUUUGAAAAUCUGUUGUUUGGCAUCAUAACAAACUUGACUAUCUAUAGGUAAGGCUGAAAGCACGAAAAAUGAAAUGACCUUAGGUAGCUUUUGCUCAGGCUUGAUGAGAAAGCAUGUAGUGUGGUGGUGGGGAAAAAAGAAGACAUUUCAUAACCCAAGGAGGGAUUUCACAACGUGGACUCUGUGCUUUAUGGUAAAUGUUUAUGCACAUAGGCAAAUGUCAUGGACCAUUUUGGUGAGCACUAGAUCCGGUGUCUUAAAUCUGUUGACAGGCCACUUAUUUAAGGAAAUAUAUUGCAACGAAUUCCGCAUUCAGUCUCCUGGGUUGCGUACGGCUGUUGGUGAAAGAAAUGAGCUCACUUCUUUAAAAAAAAAAAUCAAGGAUGAAAUUUAAUUUCCUAGAAACGACGCGUUUAAGAACUUCAUUUCUAAAAUCGGGUGGGAUGCCUCAGAAACAGUGGGUAUUUUUAGAGGGAACAGUGAUUGUAUUGGCCUCUCUGACACACGCGUUCUGAGUUCCAGUGAUGGGGAGAAAUGAUGGCAGAUGAUAUUGUGCAUUAAAAUUGACA